AUGAAAAGCGCUCCGACUGACUGGCUCGCGAACCGAUUCAACCAGGCUGUGGCAGGCGGUGAAGUUGGUAAAAACAACGCCGAGGAGGUCACCUUCAAAGAUAUCCAGGAAGGCACCUGGCGAACGAAGCCGGCCGCCCACAAAAUCGAGUUCUGCGCAAACCAAGCAAGUCGCGACAAUUUGCAAUACUUCUGGGUGGAUACCUGUUGCAUCGACAAGUCGACCAUGGAUGAGGUCCAAGAAUCGAUAAACUCCAUGUUUCGGUGGUACCGCAAUGCUACCCAAUGUUACGUCUACUUGUCAGAUGUAUCGAUGAACAACCCCGUGGGCAGUGACGGGGUUGAGCUCUCUUGGGAAGACGCGUUCCGGACAAGUAAAUGGUUUACCCGGGGGUGGACCCUUCAAGAGUUGCUUGCGCCAGAAUCAGUAAAGUUCUUCUCCCAGGAAAGCCUAUACAUCGGCGAUAAGAAGUCUUUACAACUGGCGAUUCAUGACAUUACGACGAUACCUACCCCGGCUCUUCAGAAGGCAGAUUCCCUCAACCAGUUUCAUGCAGAUGAGCGGCUAAGAUGGGCAGAGACGCGCGAGACUACUCGCGAAGAGGAUUGGGUAUAUUGUCUUCUCGGAAUCUUCGGUAUAUUCAUGCCACUCAACUAUGGGGAAGGAAAGGAUAAUGCAAUAAAGCGUUUAAGAAUGGAGAUUGGCAAUAUUCCAAAACGCCAAGCUAGAUAUCUGGCUGACGAGGUCCUACCAAGCGCUGCUCUAAGAACAACUUGCUACUUCUUCUUCAAGGAAGACUUUGAAGACCAGAGAUCUUCAGUAAUUGCGUUACGCUCUAUAUUACACCAGAUCUUCGACCACUAUCCAGGCUUCUUUUCAUCCCAGGUCCUUGAGAAGCUCCAAGACAAGGGAGAUACUCUUCUCAAUUCCUUUGGCGACCUUUGGGAAAUGCUCCUCUCUGCGGUGGAUAUGGAUCUGGUACCAGAAAUCCGGUUUCGCGAUGAUAUUAGGCAACUUUGCGGGCUUUUUGUCGUCAUUGUUGACUCCAAGAUUUACCUACUUCAUCAAACCGCCCGCGAAUUCUUAGUCCCUCCUGCGCUUACCGAGUCCCCUAGCCCUGCCUGUAGCAUAGUAGCGAAGUGGGAGUAUUCCUUUCACCCGAAGGAGUCGAACCGCAUCCUCGCUGAGAUUUGUUUACAGAGGCUCGCCUUGAAAGAUUUAAAUGGUGCCUACUAUAAGCAUGAUGGUCGCGGAACGAUGCCUCUCAUUCAUGCCUUCGCCGCGAAUAUAUUCGGAGAAUACUCAGCAAACCAGUGGGCUAGCCACUUUCGCGAGACCAACUGGGAUACGGAUCAUCCUACUGUGCUAAAGGCGACGUCAUGCUGCCGCCUAGACCCCCAACGGAUAGGAUGGCUAGACAUAUACACGGAUCAUCUCUAUAGAACAAAAGAGGUACGAUCGGACGAUGCGCCCGUUAUAAUAGCGUCCUAUCUUGGUCUAAGUCCUGUGGUAGAGCGGCUUUUGAGGGGUGUCAACAAUAUCAAUACUAUAAUAGGUUGGGGGUCUAGGACGGCCGCGUUUUGGGCCUCCGCCGGAGGUUACCAUGCCACAUUGCAGCUGCUUCUUGAAGCCGGCGCUGAUGUCAAUAUCCACGAUGAAAAUAGGUCAACACCACUUCAUAAGGCUUCCAGGGCAGGCCAUGGUUCCAUUGUGCAGCAACUACUUAAAGCCGGCGCUGAUAUCAAUAUCCAGGACAGAUAUAAGUCAACACCACUUCAUCUAGCUUCCGAGGCAGGCUAUAGCUCUAUUGUGCAGCAACUGAUUGAAGCCGGCGCUGACAUGAAUAUCCUUAAUCAAAUGGGGUCGACACCACUUCAUCAUGCUUUCAACGCAGGCUAUGGUUCUAUUAUACAGCAACUGCUUAAAGCCGGCGCUGAUGUCAAUAUCCAGGAUAAAUAUAGGUCAACACCACUUCAUCAGGCUUCUAAGGCAGACAAUAGUUUUAUUGUGCAGCAACUAAUUGAAGCCGGCGCUGAUGUCAAUAUAUAUAAUCGAAUAGGGUCAACACCACUUCAUCUAGCUUCCAAGGCAGGCCAUAGCUUCAUUGUACAGAAACUACUUGAAGCCGGCGCUAAUGCCAAUACCUAUAAUCGAAUAGGGUCAACACCACUUCAUCAGGCUUCUGAGGCAGGCUAUGGUUCUAUUGUGCAGCAACUUCUUAUCGCUGGCGCUGAAGUCAAUCACCACACGACUCCCGUGCUGGCGCUGAUGUUCGCGAUCAGUCUGAAGAUGGCGUAA